AUGAGAUUGCUCACCCUCUCUGUAUUAUUUCUACUGGCAGUGCUUGCCGAAGCAAGCACCAGAAAUGGGAAACCGUGCCGACGAAGAAGUGGAUCAGGGGGUGUUGGAAAUGGUCAAUUAGCUGGUGAUGGUGGGGCUGGAGGGGAUUUGGCUGGAAAUGGAGGAGGAGGACGUGCGGACAGAAAUGGAGGAAAUGGAGCCAUUCGGAAGGGAUCAACUGGUGGAAAUGGCGUAGUCAAUGAUGGUAGGUUUAGGUUACUGUAUUUGUGGAAGAACAUCAACGAGAACUUUACGAAGCCGGUGACCAGAAGCCAAAACAACGACCAAGAUAUUCCGAAGAUCUUGGAGGAAAUGGUCGUGGAAUCAGAAAGGAAUUCGACAUUUUGGGAGACGAUCAAUACCAGGAUCCAGAUGGCUCGGAUUUUGCUGGGCAACGGUGGUUCCAGCGGUGGAAGAGGAAAUGAUGGAAGAGGAAGUGGUGGAAGAGAUGGUUCUGGCUCUGGAAAUGGAUCUGGUGGUCGAGGAGGUUCCAAUGGAUCCGGUGGACGAGUCAUCAACAGUGGAGGUGGAUAUGACGAUGAGAAUGACGCUCAAACUUAUGAUGAAGAUGGAUUCGGAGGUUCUGGUGGUUCUGGAGCAUCCAACAGCUUUAAUAAUCAAAAUGAAAACGGAGGAAGUUUGGGAGGUCGUCGAUCUGGAUAUCAUGGAUCUUCUGGAUCUUCUGGAUCUUCUGCAUUUUCUGGAUCUCGUGAUUCUGGAAGCUCCAACAGCUUCAAUCAAAAUGGUAAUGGGAGAAGUUCGGGAGGUCGUGGAUCUUCUGGAUCUUCCAACUCGUACCAUGAACAAAGUUCCUCCAGCUCUCAAACAAGCUCUCAGAUUAGAAGGACCUCAUCAACAAGUAGAGGUGGAAGUGGUGGAAGAGGUGGAAAUGGUGGAAAUGAAAAUGGAGACAAAUCGUAUUUGAAUGAUCAGAGAUACAAUGAAGAGUCCUCGGGAACCAGAUCUUCAUCUUCUGGAGGACGUGGAGGUGGGAUACAUUUGACUAGACACGUCCUCCUUAGGUGGAAACUAGAACUGCAAGCUUUUCGUUCAGCGGAGCGCGUUUGCGAGAAAAUAAUAGCUCGAAAUAUGGCGCCUUAUUUUGGUGCCGCUCAAACCUUCAAUUUUGCUGAUGACCUUUCAGUAACUUUUUCCUUUUCAGGACGAGGCGGCCAAGGAGGAAAUCCGGAAUCCAUGGAUUAUGAGGAGACUGAAGAAGCUAGAUACGUUGAUGAGUAUGGACCGACAAAACACACCUUGAAUUCUGGAUCCAAUGGUCAAGGUGGAAGAGGUGGAAAUGGAAGAUUCGGAGGACAUUCUGGAUCUCAACAAGACUCCGAAUAUAUUGAAAGAACUGGACAAGCUUUGUAUAUCAAUGAGAAUGGACAGUCUCCAGGAGGUUCUGGAUUCAAUGGUCAAAACGACCAACAAGAUGGAAGAGGUGGACGCGGAGGAAAUGGAGGAAGAGGAGGAUUCGGUGGAUCAGGUGGAUCUGGAGGACGUGGCGGAUUCGGAGGACGCGGUAGAUUCAGCGGACAGGAGGAAUCGGAAUACACCUCGGAUAGUACCGGAAGAACAGGAUCUGGAGGUCGUCAUCGACCAUCCAGCGGCAACAGAAACGACGGUUUUGAACAGGAAUCAGAAGCUCAAACCAGACGAUCUGGAAAUGGACAGAACAACGGCUACAGACAAAACGAUGGAGGUCGAGAUGAUGAUGUUGUGGAUACGAGAGAUACCGGAAGAGGAAACAGAGGUCAGCGAGGAGGAUCCGAUCGUUCUGGAUUCAAUCAGCAACACGGAAGACGUGUGGUCACUCGUGGACAACGAGAAAGGGAGUCCUCUUUUGGUGAACGCAAGGAUAGAUUCGAAAGAUUCCAAGGAAACGAUGGUGGAAGAGAAGGCUAUGAAGAGGAGGAGAGUCCAAGAAGAAGUGUGAACUUCGGAAGAGAUGCAAGUGGAAGAAUGGUAAAGGAGGAAAGAACUCAGAGCAAUACUCAUAAUGAGGAUUUCGAUGAGAGUGGACAUAAGAAAAAUAAACAUCGCGUCAGUGAGAACGGAUCAGAAGAAGAGGAAUUCUCGUCAUCAUACUCCAGCUCAUCCUCCAAUGCAUCGUCUUCUCGUUCAACUUCCAGCCGAUCCACUUGGGAUGAUGGAUUCGACAACGAUGAUGACACUUCCAUGUUCCGUCGCAGAGGAUAA